AGCUCCUCAAACAAAAUAUAUUGUCGACAUGGAAGAUUGAGGAAACUUGGCUUGUUAUCUCUCGCUGGCGAGGAACAGGAUCGAACAUUGUACCUGCCCGAAUGAAUCCAACGGGAAAAUUAGGAUAUAUACACAAGAUACAUACUAUAUAAUAUAUACUAUAUAAUAUACGCGAGACGCGUGGUAGCCACGGGACUCUAAACCAGAGAAAAUACAAGGGAAGAAGCGGGGUUAAAACGUUUCUGUUUCUGUUUUCUUUUUCCAGCAGAGAGGUUUUUUCUCUGAUCAGAAUGACGCCGGGGCUGAUAAAUGCGAAUCCGGUAGUGCACGCGAAGAAGGAGAGGUUAGUGAGGAUCGACGACAGCACAAACCCUAACGACGCCUUCGAUGCCCUCGAUAUUUAUGAUUCAGUGAGAGACAUCAGGGAUCCAGAGCACCCUUACUCACUGGAGCAGUUAAGUGUUCUAUCUGAAGAAUCCGUAACAGUGGAUGAAAAACUUGGGCGCAUAUUGAUAACAUUCACACCAACCGUGCAACACUGCAGUAUGGCAGCAGUUAUUGGUUUGUGUUUACGAGUUAAAUUGAUGCGGAGUUUUCCUCCACAUUACAAGGUAGACAUUAAUGUUUCUCCUGGAUCCCAUGCAUUUGAAGAUUCAGUUAACAAGCAGUUGAAUGACAAAGAACGAGUGGCUGCUGCCUUGGAGAACCCCAAUCUUCUGCAACUUGUUGAUGAGUGUCUUGAGUCAAACGAACUGUGAAUAAAGCAACUGUAUUGUAGAAACUUGGCAGCUUUCCUUAAACAGUCUCUAGCUUGUCAUGGAUUAAAACAAAUGAUCCAAUCCAGUUUAUCGAUUGCUCCUUGGAUGGUUGCUGUCCGUUGUAUAACAGAUAUGACAUGAGGUUCUUAUAUAUGUUUGUUAAAAAUAAUUCUAUUUAUGAUUUGUUAUUUUUAUUUGUACAAGUUACCAAGUUUAUGUUGACCUGGUCAAAAGCUUCGGUUCAAGCCAAACUUUUUGGGGUUGGCCAAGCUUGUUUAGACCAAAUCCAAAACGAAUGGAUGAGGCCCUAUGGGACCCAAUGCUUAGAAUAUAAAUUAAAUAUCAGUAAUAAAAAUAGAGAAGAAUGAAAAAAAUCUUUCUAGUA